AUGAAGUCUAGUGAGAUAAACCUCAACAUAGAGCUCCUAGCGAUAGUGUUGAAGGGUCAAGAGGUCAAUAGUAGGGAGCUGACAGAUAUCAACCUCCUAGAUGAGGGCCUAGAGGCAACCGUAGUGGGACUGAAAAGAGAGAUCACCUUGUUUGCAGGAGAGAAAAGACUCGAAGAUCUUCAUAACUCGACUAAUAUUUGUUCGAUUGACGUACAUAGUCUUCAUAGUGAGUCACAAGAGACAAGUCAAGGUGAUGCAUGCUAG